AUGGUCCCACCAACCAAGAAAGUCGCCUUCGUCACAGGCGCCAACGGCAUCAGCGGCUUCAACAUCAUAGAACACCUCGUCCGUCAGCCAAAGUCAGAGUGGUCCAAAAUAAUCGUCACAUCCAGACGACCUCUCCCAAACGCUUGGAUCGACCCACGCGUCAAAUUCAUUGCAGUAGAUUUCCUCAACCCAGUCGAUGAAAUCACAGAGAAACUGAGAGAAACCUGCGCUGAUGUGACACACGCCUUCUUCACUUCUUACGUGCACAGCGACGAUUUCAAGGUCCUGCGCGAACGCAAUGUGCCUCUUUUCCGGAACUUCAUUGAUUCAGUCGAUGCUGUCUGUCCGAAGUUGGUGCGGGUUUCGCUUCAGACUGGUGGGAAGUACUACGGUGUCCACCUUGGUCCCGUGAGGGUUCCGCUGGAGGAGUCAUUCCCUCGUUAUGAUGACAAGGGGUUCAACUUCUACUAUAACCAGGAGGACUACCUGCGCGAAGUUCAGAAGAGGAGAGGAACGUGGGGGUGGAAUGUUAUUCGGCCUAAUGCUAUCAACGGGUUUGCACCGCAUGCGAAUGGCAUGUCUGAAGUCCUGACUAUCGCAAUCUACAUGCUGAUCUGUCGUGAAUUGGGCCAACCUGCCGCUUUCCCCGGAAACGAAUACUUUUGGAAUUCCAUCGAUGAUAACUCCUACGCGCCUAGUCUGGCGGAUCUCUCUGUGUGGACUGCAUCGCAGGAUCACUGCAAAGACGAGGCAUUCAACCACGUGAACGGGGAUGUCUUCGUGUGGAAACACAUCUGGCGAGACUUUGCGGCUUAUUUCGGUCUUGAGGUUCCAGAGCCCGUCUUCCAGACAGCAAGCGGUCAAGCUCAAACGCUGUCCAAUGAAAUCGACAUGGUAGAGUGGGCGAAAGACAAGCGCGAAGUGUGGGAACGUGUUGUUGCCAAGUAUGGCGGUAAGGCGGAGGCGUUUGAUUGGGGAACAUGGGGAUUCUUUAAUUGGGCGACGGGCAAGUCUUGGUUGACCAUUUCAUCUAUGAACAAGGCGAGGGAGUUUGGAUGGCAUCGGAAUGAUUCUACUUUUGAGACGUGGGUUGAGACAUAUCGCUCGUUCGAAAAUGCAGGGGUUAUGCCUGAUGUUGGUCUGCUGAGGGAUUAA